GCAAAAUUUUUAUUUAAUAAAAAUUAAAUAAAACUUGUGAUAAAAUUAGUAAAAUUAUAUAUUGCAAAGCUGUGUAUUAUGCCUGCAAAUCAAAUACAAUAUUCGGAAAAAUAUAUGGACGAACAAUAUGAAUACAGGCAUGUGAUCCUACCAAAAGAUCUAGUCCGUCACGUGCCCAAGACUCAUUUAAUGUCCGAGACCGAAUGGAGAAACCUGGGAGUUCAACAAAGUCCAGGUUGGGUUCACUAUAUGAUGCACAAUCCUGAACCCCAUGUCCUACUUUUCAGAAGACCCAAACCCGAUGAGAAUAAUGCCGGUGAAGUUUUGCUGGCAUAUUAAAUAAUUAUUAUGAAUAAUGUGAUGAGACGAGUGAUUGUACUAAGAAUUUUUUUUAGUAUGUGGGA